UCACCGUCUGACCUCCGAACCAUAAGCAUCGUUCGUUCUACUGUGUGAUUUUCUUUCUUUUGCUGCCAAGCGCAACAACCGGUUUUCCCGUUGUUUCUUAUCUACCCAUUGUUUUCUUUCUGCUAACCUUUCUUUGUUAGCUUUCAUACACGCGAGUGCUUUAUCUUGCGAGUAAAAAUGCCCCUCGGGGAGGGGGGAUCGCGUUUCAGGCAUUUACCGCUUGACGUGGAUUCCGUCCCUUUGUCCCAACCUAAUAAAAAAUAUAAAACAAAUCUCACUCCUUUAUACAAAUACCCUGAUCUUCCAACAAUCCAAACUGUGAAAAAUCCGAAGUUCUUAGUGAUUUCGGCAAAAUCCAAUGAUAAUCCCAUUUCAUCCCUCAACCCUUUCGUCCUUAAAAAAUCUAUCGACGAGAUAAGCAAAGAAUACGAGCAAAUUUCACAACUGAGAGAUGGUAAUCUUCUCAUUUUGGUUAAGUCGCAAAAAAUAGUUGAUAUCUUUCUCAAAGUGAACAAUUUAGCUAAAUGCCCCGUUACUGUCAAACCCCACGAUAAAUUAAACGAAUCUAAAGGCAUCGCAUACGCCCCUUGUUUAAUUAACGUCCCUGAAAAAGAAAUAAUCAAAGAGAUGACUUCACAAGGAGUCACCGAUAUCUAUAAAUUCACUAAAAACGAAGAGGGAAAACAAAGAGUUACGGGCCUUAUGCUCUUCACAUUUAACCUUUACCAGGCACCUAAGUCUGUUGAAAUUGGUUUUUACAACGCUAAAAUCACAGAAUACGUCCCUAACCCCAUGCGCUGCCGCAACUGCCAAAUUCUCGGCCAUACCAGUAAACGCUGCAACGGUGAAGCAAAAUGCGAUACCUGUAGUUUCUCCCCACAUGUCCCUGAACCAUGCACUCGUGUUAAAUGUGCUAAUUGCUCUCUUGCUCAUGCCUCUUCUUCCAAAACAUGCCCUGCAUACAAACAAUCAAAAGAAAUUUUAACAAUUAAAACUCAAAAAAAAUGCUCCAUGGCUGAGGCCAAGAGAAUUUAUAAAGAUCAAUAUCAAUAUGUUCCUCCCCCUUUGAGCUCUUCUACCUCAGACUCAUUUUCUGAAACUGCGAAACUUGCCUUAAAAAAGCAAUCUCAGUUUGCACAACCCCCAAAUACGAACAACGACCAAACCAAAGCGCCAAAGCCUAUUAACAAUGCUUCAAUACACAAUUCGGAGCCAAUGAUUAACAGAGAAAACAAUGUAAGCACAACCGUCAACAACACUACCACAACCAUAUCUCACACAACUUUAUCAAACACUAUCUCAAAAAAUUCAACCCCAAUACAAUUAAGCUACUCACCUAAUGCAGCUCUAGAUAACCUUCCUACAAUCUCUAAUUUAUCCGACACUCCAUCUAUUUCCAACCAUUUAAAAAAAACAACAUCCUUAAAUCAACCAACCAACAAUCAACCACAAUCACCUAAAUCCACAAACCCUAACAAAAAACCAACAAAUUCACCUAUAUCUGAAGUAACUCAAUCGCUCAUAGAAAAAAAACAAUACUUCGUAAGAAAUCCAGACCCUGACGAUGUCGAGAUGCAUUAAAG